ACUCUCUCACAUACACACACGCCAGAGCUGCCUCUCCUUCUUCCCCCGCACUAAUUUUAAAAGGCACACACACACACCAAGCGUCCCUGUUCACCACACCUCGAUCGGCACUCACUGACAGUCCUGUCCCUGACACUCACCGCAGAAAGACGAACUUCGACUUUUCAAGCCAUGGCUCGAGUCCUGCUCGCGGCCACCCUGUUGAUGCUUCUCGGCCUCGCCUGGGGGGAACCGUUCAAAAGUGAAGAUGAGUUGGUGAAGUAUUUGCACACAGAUUCUGACUACAACAAGAAACUGAUGCCACCUGGUACUAAAAGUCCAAACGUGACCAUCAAUGGGCAGCGCCUGAAUGUGACUGACGAACCUGUGAUCGUGGAUGUGAACUUGUUUGUGCGCUACAUCGGCGAGAUAAACGACGAAAACAAGGACUAUCAACUCUCGCUGACACUUCGCCAGUCCUGGGUGGACGAGAGGCUCUCAUACACCAAGACAGUCGAAGAGCAGGACUACGUGCUGUUGACCGACCCGAGCAAAAUAUGGGUGCCCGAUUUGUUCUUCUCGAACGAAAAGGAAGGCCACGACCACCAACUGAUGACGGCCAACAAUUUGAUCCGUAUCGAACCAAGCGGCAAAGUCUUGUACAGCACUCGCGUCUCCCUGAAGCUAUCUUGCCCCAUGGAUUUCGUCACAUACCCAAUGGAUAAACAGAUUUGCUCCAUCCGCAUGGCCAGCUAUGCCCACACAACAAAGAACUUGAUUUUCAAGUGGAAGGAUGAAAAGGCGGUGGAAGUGGCCAACAGUCUGGACCCUAGCCCAUACCAUCUGCAAGGCAUUGGCACGGACUACUGCUUCUCCAAGACCAACACUGGUGAAUACAGCUGCGUGAAAGCGGCAUUCCUGCUGAAGCGCGUGAUCAACAAUUAUCUGAUGCAUGCGUAUCUGCCUUUGAGCCUGCUGGUGCUCGUUUCGUGGAUCAUCUUCUGGCUUGACGAGAGGUCGACCGGAGUGCGUGUCAUCGUGGCCGUCAUCACGUUCAUCGCCACCGUCUUUGAGGGUUCCAGGGUGACCGGAGAGGCACCCCACGCCUCUUACACUAAAGCCAUCGACGUCUGGGUCAACUGGUCCAUCUUCUUCGUUUUCUUCGCGAUCGUUGAGCAGGUGGUGGUGAUUUUGAUCUCGGACAAGAGACCUUCCAGCGUCAAGGAGCCGCCGGCAGCUGGCGAUGAAGAAGGAGGCGUUGCUUUGCCGCUGAUGGAAAAUGGUGAUAAAGCUGGUGAGUUGUCUGAAGUUCCGGCUGCCAGCUCGCCGGCCCAGCAAAACCUGGUGUCCAAGUGGUUGUCCCGCUACAAGACCACGGCGCGCCGCAUCGACGUGGUUGCUCGCAUUCUCUUCCCCGUGGUGUAUGUGCUCUUCAACCUGACCUACUGGUCCUCCUACGCCGACUACGAGGGUAUCAACACUCUCUCCACUUACACCAAAAUCUCGUACAACUAAUCGAUCAUCCAGCUGCUGCCUUCGUUUGUGCACUGCAAACAACGAGUGUGAAAAAUGACCAACUGCUGCCGACACGGCAUUCGGCCUUAUGUCAAAAAUCUCAAAACCAAUCUUAACAUUUUCCCGCCACGGCUUUGCAGUGUAUUAUAUCCACAAAGAAUGUUGAAAUCGCUUGAAAAUUCCUCAUUAUCUUUAUUUUUAACCAUUUGUGUUCCUCGAUACUAAACUUCAUGUAAUGUUGUUUGCGAUGUGUGCGCGUGUGGACACUUCAUAUUUUAUUCUUUAUCGGUCCAAAGUGAUGGUGACAAUAAAAGAAACCUGUAUUUUGGAGACUAACAUAAAUAAAAAUAAAAUCAAGCAGCAGGACAGAA